UAGAUUUAAACAUAAAUACAUAAAUAAAUAAGUAUUGUUUAGUAUCUUUUCUAAUAAAAACUCAAAUAAUUAAAGUCUAAGCAAAGUACGGACCUGUUCGGUCAUAUUUGAUUCUUACAGCUUGCCCGGGUUUUUCCUUAAUUCGUAUCAGUUAGUCACUUUCUUAUAUCUACGAACAGACUUUAACUGAUGUGACCUUUUUUCUUUCGGUAUAGAGAGUGCAAGAAAGAAAACAAAAAAUUUUGUUCGUAAUACAGAGUUUUACGUUAUACAGGGUGUCGCUUAUAGGGAGUUUUCACUGUAUAUGUUUGCCGCGUAACUAGUAAACUGUUAGAGCGAGUAAGGACAAACUACGCUACUGAAUUCUACGGAAAAAUCCCACAAGAGCGUUUUUUAAGACAACGGAGAUACGGGGGCGGUCCCAAAAUCGAUAGUUUUGAAUUUCACCCUAUAUUUCAAGGACAAACUACGCUACUGAAUUCUACGGAAAAAUUUCGCCCUAUAUCUGAAAAAGCCAUGAUAAUUUUACAAGGAAGUAGCACGGCGUUGCGCAAUUUUCUAUCUUCAACAAUAACCGAGACACAUCAAAGUGCGCAAAAUUACAAUCCCAUUCGAAUAUCUUUAUUUUUAACUUGCAAUUAAUGUUUGUUGAUAAUUUUACUCGAUGGUACAAACAACGCGUCCGCUAAAUAUCCCGUGGCACUUAAUUUAAUUAAUCCGCCGGCCUUAGGUCAAUUAAUAACCGUCCUGCUUUUACUAGAUUAGCGUAUAUAUGCAAACAGAUCGGGAGACUUGCAUCCGCGUCGAUUACGCCGACUUUUAUCUCGACGAACGCCGAUAACAGUUGACCAAAAGUUGUUUCGCGAAAAUGCGACGAGUGUCGGUCGUUUUGUGGGCGGUUAUUUGGGCAGUCGAAUGCUCCGUUCUUCUCCAAGUUAACGAGAGGACGACGACGACGACCCCCGAGACGCGUUACGGCAAAUACAGCGUCCACGAUUUGCUGACGACGGUGUUUCCGAAAAAAGUGUCCGACGACAUCUACAUGGACCCGUGCAAAGCAGUUGUUUCAGGCAAGCGGGUGGGCGACAUCGCCCUCUCCGACGAGGAAUAUUACAGGUCGAGAUCGAAACUCAAACAGGAAGAGAUCGAGCAGUACAAGCAAGAGGUGCUGGAGGGCCUCCAAAUAGAGGAGGAAGGUCUGACGGACUUCAUUCGCAGGAAAACCAAACAAGCCGCUCCCGAGUUCAAAGCCAACGAUCCUUUCGUCGACGCGACCUCUAGCGACGCGGAGCAAGACCUGAAAAGGUAUUCUCCGAGGAUAUCGCGCGAGGACAAGCGGAGAGACGCCCUCAAGAGGAAGAAAAGGCACCAGAAUAGCAGGCAACUCGGCGAAUCGAGGAGGCACGACCCUCCGGUUCACGAGUUCGAGCCUCAUUUCGACCUCAAACGCAAGCAGACCGACAUACGACCUCCGACGAGGAUCGCGAGGGCCGCCACGGCGAGGAAGGAACGAAUUUGGGACUACGGAGUUAUUCCGUACGAAAUAGACGGGAACUUUAGCGGGAUGCACAAGGCACUGUUCAAGCAGGCGAUGCGCCACUGGGAGAACUUUACCUGCGUCAAAUUCGUCGAACGGAAUAGGGACGAACACCAGAACUACAUCAUCUUCACCGAAAGACCCUGCGGAUGUUGCUCGUUCGUGGGUAAACGUGGCAACGGCGGUCAGGCGAUCAGCAUCGGCAAGAACUGCGACAAGUUCGGCAUCGUGGUCCACGAGUUGGGUCACGUGGUCGGGUUCUGGCACGAACAUACCAGACCCGAUCGGGACAACCACGUGAACAUCUUCAGGGAGAACAUAAUGAGCGGCCAGGAGUACAACUUCAACAAGCUCAACGAGGAGGAAGUCAACUCGCUAGGGCUCACUUACGAUUACGACUCCAUUAUGCACUACGCUAGGAACACGUUCUCCAAGGGCACCUACUUGGAUACGAUCAUGCCUAUAGAUGUGCCUGGUAGGAAGAGACCGGAGAUCGGUCAACGGGUGAGAUUGAGCGUAGGCGACAUCUCCCAGACGAACCUCCUCUAUAAAUGUCCGGCGUGCGGGAGGACUUACCAAGUGAACGUGGCCACUUUUUUUCCUCCCGUCUACGUAGACAAGAGUCCGGACGAUGGUGUGAGGUGCGAAUGGCGAAUAUCGGCAACCCACGGCGAGAAGAUCGUCUUGAACGUCACGGGGCUGGAUAUCCCGAAGUCCCCGGACUGCAAGGACGAUUACCUAGAGGUGCGGGACGGUUACUGGCACAAGUCGCCGAUCCUAGGUCUGUUUUGCGGGAUCGGCCAGUUCUACCACAUAAUGUCCACCGGAAGUCGCAUGCUGGUGACGUACGUGUCGAAAAACCCAGUCGGACAUCGCGGCUUCACCGCUAGCUUCGAAGCCGUCUGCGGAGGAGACUUCUACGUAGACCAAGAGGGUCAUCUAGAAUCGCCGAACUACCCCGAGGAGUACCAGCCGAACAAGGAGUGCAUUUGGAGGAUCACAGUGCCAGAGCACUACCAGGUGGCGCUUAGGUUCCAGUCGUUCGACGUCGAGAACCACGACAACUGCGUCUACGACUACGUGGAGAUACGUGAUGGCAUAUCGGUGGACGCUCCCAUCAUCAAAGUGUUCUGUGGCCACAAGGUGCCCAGUGACGUGAUCUCGACGUACAACAAGAUGCUGGUAAAGUUCGUGUCGGAUGCGUCGGUGCAAAAGGGAGGCUUUUCGGCCAGCAUAAUGAAAGAAUACGACGAAUGCUCGAAAAACGACCACGGGUGCGAGCAGCAGUGCAUCAACACGCUCGGUAGCUACGCGUGCGCGUGCAAGCUCGGCUACGAGUUGCAUUCCGAUGGGAAGAACUGCGAGGAUGCGUGCGGGGGCGUGUUUAACCUCGCCAACGGUACGAUAACGUCGCCAUCUUUUCCGGACUUCUACCCUUUCAACAAGAACUGCGUGUGGGAGAUCGUCGCGCAGCCGCAGUUCCAGAUAACCUUGAACUUCACCCAUUUCGAUUUGGAGGGGAACAACAACGCGCAGCAGCAGUGCGAGUACGAUCGCGUGGACGUGUUCAGCAAAAUGAAAGAGGGAAAAAUCAAAAAGCACGGCUCGUACUGCGGCUCAAAGCCGCCCGCGAUGAUCACCUCCGAAGGCAACGUCAUGCGCGUCAUAUUCUAUUCGGACACGAGCGUGCAGAAAACCGGUUUCGCCGCCAUUUUCUUCACGGACAUGGACGAGUGCGCGGUGAACCACGGCAACUGUCAGCACGAGUGCCAUAAUACGCUCGGCUCGUACGUGUGCACGUGCCACAACGGUUACGCCCUACACGAGAACGGACGCGACUGCAAGGAGGGCGGCUGCAAGUACGAGAUUUCGACGCCCUACGGGACGAUCGGGAGUCCCAACUAUCCCGACUAUUAUCCCUCGAGGAAGGACUGCGUGUGGCACUUCACGACCACCCCAGGCCACCGGAUCCGGAUCGCAUUUCAGUUUUUCGAACUCGAACCGCACCAGGAAUGUUCCUACGACCACGUGGAUUUCUACGACGGCGCGUCGCCCGAAGCGCCCUCCCUCGGCAGGUUCUGCGGCUCGAAAUUGCCGCACCUGAUCGUGGCGUCCGGCAACCAACUGUACAUGGCUUUCAGAUCGGACGCGAGCGUACAGAGAAACGGAUUCUGGGCGACGCAUUCUACGGUCUGCGGCGGGAUGCUGCAGGCGGACCACGAGAAAAAGCAUAUCUACUCGCACGUGAAGUUCGGCACUUCGCUGUACGACAGCAGGGUCGACUGCGAGUGGACGAUCGAGGCGCAGGUGGGAUUCAACGUGCAAUUGUCGUUUUUGACGUUCGACGUCGAGGACGAGAAAGACUGCGGUUACGAUUACGUCGAGAUAUUCAGCGGGCUCGACUCGAGCGGCCCGUCUUACGGGAAAUUUUGCGGAGCAAAGAAACCUUUUGACAUAACCUCAACGCACGAAGCGCUGCUCGUCAGAUUUCGAUCCGACGACACGCUGACCGGCAAAGGAUUUAGUCUGGUCUACGAAUCGGUCGAAGCUUCCUUCAGUGAAGAGGAGGAAAACGCGUGACGUAGCGCGAAGGAAACGACAGGAUGACGUAAGAAAGCGAUCUCCGGUAACGGCAUUACGUAGCAUAUUUAAACAGUUUAAUCGUGUGUAGUUGCGAUGGGCGGGCGUAGCGUUCUAGCCGUGACGUGCAUAGGUGUGUGUAUUUAGCAGCAUUACGACCGAUAACGUAUUAAGUUUCAAGUCGGAUAGGAAAAUAAAACGAGUUUCGAA